UGCACCCGCAACGCAACACGCACCACUUCGCUCUUUCUCUCGCGGCGCCACCUGAACCGGAGCCGGAGGGGAGGAGAUCUCGGCGGCCGAGCAGAAGCGGCGGCGCUCGCCGCGGUUGCGGAGGGGGAAGAAGAAGGCGCGGCGGAGCGUAGCGGAGGGAGUAGCAGCGAGGCGAGCGCCGAGAGGGAGAGAUGGAUCCCGACGCGGUGAAGUCGACGCUCUCCAACCUGGCCUUCGGCAACGUCAUGGCCGCCGCCGCCCGCGACUACCAGAAGGAAAUUGUAGCUAAAGAGAAAGCCCAAGCAGCAAAUGCAAGCCAUGAUGAGGUUGAUCUUGAUGAAUUAUUGGAUGAUCCAGAGCUUGAGAAGUUGCAUGCGGAGAGAAUUGCUGCUCUGAAGAAAGAGGUCGAGAAGCGUGAAGUGCUAAAAAGGCAAGGUCAUGGUGAAUAUAGGGAGAUAACUGAAGGGGACUUCCUAGGAGAGGUCACUGGCAGCGAAAAGGUCAUCUGCCAUUUCUACCACCGUGAAUUUUACCGUUGCAAGAUCAUGGAUAAGCAUUUGAAGACCCUUGCACCAGUCUAUUUGGGAACUAAAUUCAUCAAGCUUGAUGCUGAAAAUGCUCCUUUCUUUGUCACGAAACUAGGAAUCAAAACAUUGCCCUGCGUGAUAUUGUUCAAGAAGGGCAUUGCUGUUGACCGGUUAGUUGGGUUUCAAGACCUUGGCAGUAAAGAUGAUUUUUCAACAAGAGCGUUGGAAAAUAUACUCAAGAUGAAAGGUAUAAUCGACGAAAAGAAGAAGGAUGAGGACGAUGAAGACGACGAAACCGAUAUGUCAAUGAACAGGAGGAUUAGGUCUUCAACCGCUCAAGAUUCUGAUUCAGAAUGAACAAGAGGUGAUACACUCCACUGUGUCAUCAAGUUUCUUUUGCACUCUGUGUGUUUAUGUAAUAUGCAUUCCGAGUUGUAUCAACCCAGUUAGGAAACGAGGUAUUUGAAAAUGCAAUAGCUAUAGAGGAAUUUAUUUUGUGUACUGUUUAGUUAGUUUUUCAUUCAUACUGCCAAAGUGCCAAGCUGGCCUAUGCGAGUCGGUACGCUUUACCCCAAACAGUUUUUCUUUUCUGGCCAUCAUGCUGUCAAUGUUUUACCUACAAUACCUGAUUGGUUGCUAUACAUGAAGUAUCACAUAAA